UGGUCGUAACCUGAAUGAUUAUUUUGAUUAAAUCUUUAUUAGAAAAUUAAGUUCUAUUUAUUAACAUAACUUAUUGGAACAAUGUUAAAACGCUUAACAUCAUUGGUCAUUCAACAGCGAGGAAUAAAGCAGCAAGUUAAUGUGAAAUGGGUACGACCAGAGUAUGUACCAUCAUACAAACCUGAAAAAUCUGGGGAUUUAGAAGCCCUUCCUACUAAUGUAGGAUCGUCAUGUGGUAUUGAUUAUGCUGUAUGCGAAGAAAUUAAAGAUGCUCCGGAAGCUGUAAAAAAGAUAUUUUCCAUUGCACAUCUUGGCCGGAAGGAGUAUAAAGAGUUUAUGAAGAAAGAUCUUAUAGAUAGGGUCAGAAGACAUAAAUAUGAUGAAUUCACAACUGAAACGAGAAUUGCUAGAAUGACUGGUCACAUCAGAUGUUUACAAGAGACUAUGGAAGAACAUCCUCGAAAUGUUAAAGUUAAGCAAACACUUCAAGAAAUGAUUGACAAACGCAAAAAGCUUCUGAAAUUUUUGAGGCAAUAUGACUACAAGAAAUUUGAAUGGCUGCUUGAAAAACUAAAUAUUGAAUAUAAGGGACAUCCUGAAUCGUUCAAUAAGUUGUCUCGCAAAGAAUCAAUCAGAAAAUUAACUGAAAUGCAUUGUGAUGAAAUUCGAAACAGCAAGCUUUCCGACUACAGAAAUCUACUUGAAAGUCAGCAAGGUCCUUUCUUACAAGAGAAAUUAAAUGCUCUUAAAUUCAUUAGAAGUGAACAAAUUGAAUUACAACUACCAGUGACUGUUACGGAACAAGAUAUUAGCAAAGUUCAGGCUCAAUAUGAUGAAUGGAAGAUUAAAGACGAACAGAAACAACAGGCUAGGAAAAAGAAAAAGAAUCUUUUGUUGGAUUAAAUUACAUUGUGUUAUUUAGUGUAAUAAAGAGUUUUAACAUGUA